UCGUUGUCUCAACCCCUUACCCUCACACAACACAACCACUUACACCCCACACCAACCGCACCGCCACGAUGAAGUACAGCUCCGCCGUCCUCGCCCUGGCCGCCGCCGCCACGGCCCAGGACAUCUCCAUCUUCCCCGAGUGCGCCCUGCCCUGCAUCAUCGACGCCGUCGGCACGACCUCGUGCGAGGCGACCGACUUUGCCUGCGUGUGCAAGAACAUGGAGGCCGUCAAGCAGGCCGCCACCCCCUGCGUCGUCGAGAAGUGCGGCAUUGACACCGCUCUGAACGAGGUCCUCCCCGCCACGGAGAAGUUCUGCGCUGACGUCGGCAACGGCGACGACGGCGGCGACGACGGCGGCGACGACGGCGGCGAGACCCCCCCGCCCCCGCCCACCACCACCAUGGCCACCGUGACGACCUCCGCGGCCCCCGAGCAGCCGGAGCCGACCGAGACCGAGACGCCCGGCGAGGAUGACGGUGGCGAGGAUGACGGUGAGGACGACGACGAGCCGACCGAGACGGCCUCGUUCGGCAGCUCCAUGGUCACGCCGGCCCCCACCGGCAGCGCCAUCCCCUCCCCCACGGGCGGCGAUGACGACGAUGACACCCCGCCGCCGGCGACCUCGUCGAUCCAGACCGCUGGCGCGGCGGUGGUUGGUGCCGUGGGCAGCUUCGGCAUGCUCCUCCUGGGCGCUGUCGCUGCUCUGUAAGCGGACCCCAUACGCUGUUCGCUUGCUGGGUUUGGGAGUCCCAAGCUGUGAGUGGGUUGGUGGUUAGACCCCUGAAGUAGGGGUAGGAAUGAUGAAAUGCCAUAUCCUGGCUGUAUGUAGUAGGAAUUAAUGAGGUGUGACGACUGAAUGGACGAUGGCUUUCUCAAAGAUCGAACCUCGCUCUCCUUUGCUGAACCGUUGCACCGCCUGGUGUUCGUGCCCUUGUCUUGUAACGUUUGUACUCGCC